CGUGGCGACUUGACACCUCUCUUGUGCUUUCAUCUUCUCCUUCUUUGGUUCCUCGGUCUCUUGGUCUGGUCUCUCGUUCACCAUGCAGCUGUGGCAUUCCGUUCUUCAGCUCUCCUUGCUGGCUUCUGCCGCCAUCCCGACCGCGACCGCCUCCGCCUGGGGAUUUACUGAUGCCACCGUGUCAGUUAACACCAAGGGCGCUGGCAUCGGUGCGGGCCGGAAGGAAACGAUCCCUGAUAACAAGGCUCUCUCCAAGCCCGUCGCCCUCGGAACCGCCGAUACUUUGAAGGUCACCCUGACAGCUCAGGAAGGACGCGCGGGAAAGAACGCCCACCAGGUGUUUCUUCUCUUGCAGGAUCCCGAGACUGGACUGGAUAUUUCAUACCCGUUCAAUGUGAAGGACAAUGGCAAAUCCCGACUCGACCUGACCCAGAAAGACCUUCCCGUUCAAUUCCUCUCCGCCUCGGAGCCUCUUGAUGCCCGAUUCCUGAUCGGAUCCUUCGGCGACGCGGACGCAUACAAUGGCGCUGCCUUUCAGCUGGCGGUGACCCGCAACCCGGACGAGCCGGUGCCGUCCGUCGAGGUGUCGCGGUAUGGCAAGCUUCCUGAGAUUCAUCACAUCUUCAAGGCCGAUGCGCAGAGCCCGCCGAUCGUGAUUUCUUUGGCGUUUGUCGCGCUGGUGCUCGCUACGUUGCCGGUGUUGGGUGGUGUGUGGCUCUUCCUCGGCGCCAACGUCAACCACCUGCCUACGGCAUUGAAGUCGGCCCCUAUCCCUCACGCCGUGUUCCUUGGCUCUCUGCUGUCGAUUGAGGGCCUCUUCUUCCUAUACUAUACCUCCUGGACUCUGUUCCAGCUCCUCCCGGCUGUCGCGGUGGUCGGCACCGUCGCCUUUAUCAGCGGCAGCCGUGCUCUGGGUGAGGUCCAGGGCAGACGGUUCGCUGGACUCCGGUAAACAGUUGGACUGUCUACUACGAUCUGCUUGGGCUUGAAUCACCCUGUAUGAGUGUAGCAGUAGCUUGACUGUAGCAAUCUAUGCAUGGAAAAUGUACUCGCUAUGCAGUACACAUAUCCACACAUGCCAAACAG